AUGUCGACUGCCAUACCACAAACUAUGAAAGCUAUAGUUGAGGAUCAACAGGCCAACUGGGUGACCCUCAAGGACAACAUCCCUGUCCCAGCCCCCGGUGAGAAUGAAGUGCUUGUCAAGGUCGAGUAUGCGGAUCAGAACCCAGGUGAUUGGAAAGUCGCCAGCUGGAUCUCUCUAGACGGCGCACUCCAAGGAUGCGACUACGCAGGUACCAUCGUCAAGCUCGGCUCUAACCUCAAAUCCGACCUGAGAGUGGGUGAUACAGUCGCAGGUAUGAUCACCGGAGGAAUGAGGAAGGAUAGAGGUGCUUUUGCGGAAUAUCUGGUCGUCGAAAGUGAUUUGACAUACAGGGUACCCAAAGAGCUGGAAUUGGAUGGAGCUCCUACGUUUGGUGCAGCAUGGUUAACGGCAUCUCAAGUCCUCCUUAAGAGUCAAGGACAUUUCUUAUCUAGCCCAACCGACGGUUUAAAUUGGUACAUCGUAUAUGGUGGAUCCUCAUCUGUCGGGUUAUUCGCCCUUCAAAUCGCUCGGACUCUGGGCUACAAAGUCCUCACUUUCGCUUCUCCCCACUCCUUCGAUCUCGUCAAGUCAUACGGUGCUCACGAAGUCAUCAAUUACCGAGAUUCCGAUGCUAUCGAACAAGCUCUCAAGAUCACAAACCGCGAAGCUGUAUAUGCGUUCGAUACAAUCUCUGAGGGAGAUAGUUUCAAUAUCGCUUUAGCGGCAUUGGGUUCAAAGGGAAAGCAGUUGAAUGUGAUUAAUCCCCCACCCGAGGGAUUCAAAGACAAAAUGGGCAAUGUAGAAUUGCAACAUACGGUGGUCUAUACCCUUUUAGGUAAAGACCUCAACUUUUCACCACGAACUCCUGAGUCACCAAUGAUCAUUCCAGCUGUCCAAGAUCACUACGAGUUCGGUAAAGAAGUAUUAAAGCAGACCCCUGAAUGGAUUACAAAAUAUGGGUUCAAAGCGAAUCCUAUCGAGCUGAGACAUGGAUUGGAAGCUAUCCCACAAGGUCUCCAGGAUCAGAAGGAUGGAAAGAUCUCAGGAAAGAAGGUCGUUUAUAAGAUUGCUUAG